AUGGCUCUGUGUCAGAACCGAUUACAAGAAGAGAGAAAGCAGUGGCGGCGAGACCAUCCCUUUGGGUUCUAUGCCAAGCCCCAACGAACCAAGGAGGGUAUCCUCGAUGUCAAGAACUGGGAGUGCGGCAUUCCCGGAAAGGACAACACCAUCUGGGCUGGCGGACUCUUUAAGCUGACCAUCGCUUUUCCUGACGAGUAUCCCACAAAGCCACCCAAGUGCAAAUUCGUCCCUCCGUUGUUCCACCCCAACGUGUACCCUUCAGGCACCGUCUGCCUGUCCAUCCUCAACGAGGAGGAGGCCUGGAAGCCCGCUAUCACCGUUAAGCAGAUCCUGCUGGGCAUCCAGGACCUCUUGAACGACCCGAACCCCGAGUCUCCUGCCCAAGCAGAGGCGUACAACCUAUUUAAGAAGGAUCGCGCCGAGUACGAGAAGCGGGUUCGCCGUCUGGUCCGCGACAACCCCACUCCCUGAUGGACGAUCGAGAGGCGCUGGUUGAAGAGGCGUUUUAGACACUUUUUAUUUGUAAGGGAUCUCAGGCUACGGCGUUUGGGGAAAUACCAAGGCGGAUAUUCUUGGGAGCCUGUGGUUGAAGACCACAGCACGAUAUGGCUCGUGUUGACAAUGAGCAGUGGGCUGGGUAGUUUCGGACCUCGCAGCCCAUGAGGGGAUGUGGUCGGUCGAGUCACGAAGAGAGCGUUUUCCUUGGAAUCUCAAGCAAGUGUUUUAUUCUUCUUUGAUGAGUUGUCGUUGUAUGUCAACAGCCGUUGUCGGUUGAAGCGAUCGAGAUCCACGUCGGCGUGAAUCAUUGCGGCUGCGUCUUCGGACCACGCCCACCAGCAAUGGAUGGAUGUCUGGGAUCUGCCCCACCAUUUUUUAUCAUGGUGGAUGUCCCGAAUGGCGAUACAACCGAAGGUGGCGUCCAACAGCCGAAGAAGCCACGGGCUGAUGGGUGUUAUC